AUGUCUGGUGCAAUGAUUUCGGCAUCCUCAAAGUCGCCCUCAAUAGAGUCGCUCGGAAAGCCUGUAGCUGCAAUCAUAGAUAGCUUCUUAAAAUCUAGAAUCCAUGCAUUGACAAAUUCCAAGGACUUUCCAGGCAUGCAGCCUGUUUCUCUUGAUCGAGAGAACGUCGGUCAGCUUCUGUGUGCAGAUUAUCACGUUUGCGAAAAAAGUGACGGAGUCAGGGUGCUGGGAUUGAUGGUUCAAAAAUCUGCGUCGCUCAAUACACCUUCUACCCCCUCUUUCUUUAUCACAGAUAGGAAGUACGAGUUUAGGGAGGUUGAAGGGAUGGCUUUUCCAAACACAGACGCUGGAGACUCGUUCCACAACGAGACUAUUGUUGAU